GCUGCGACCACCGCACGUGAGAUCCGGGCCCGACUUUGGACUUUGAGAUUGGUGAAAGCACCGCCGUCAUCACCGCAAUUGCUCGCCAAUAUGCCUCUCUCGGCUAUCAAGACGGUCGCAAAGGCCCAGAACGGCGUAGGAGCCUUUGUCCUCCCGUGCAAGUCCAUCACCUUCCACUACUGCAACUGGUGGGGGUCUUCAAAAGGCAUGAACGCCUUCCUCAAAGCCUCUCUCCCCGCCUUCGCCAAGCGCAACCCUCAGAUCGAAAUCUCCGUCAGCCCACGGCCACGCCACCACCCCGUAAUCAUCGCAAACUACAUCAACGGCGCGCAACGAUCAAUAUGCGUGAAGAACCUGCAAAAUGAGGGUGUGAGGGAGAAGGCAGAGAUGUUGAGGAACAGCACAGGAGAGAAGAACAGGAAGCUGGAUGGACGACCAGUGAAGAGUCUGAACGAGAGCGUUAGGGGCAUCUGGAGUCCGUUCCAUGGCAGCAAAAUCGAUAUAUGAAGAACGGAAGGCGGAAGAAGACGAAUAUUAUACGCGACGAUAUCCAGCGACAAUGAUGGCAAGGCGUAGUGGCAUAUUGGCCAGAUUUUUGCUUCUGUGAGAUAAAUGCGGAAAGAUCCGACGUUUUUCAGGCAUGCUCAAGGAGAUGUAAGCGGCAUAUACUGGCCGGGAAAUCCAUAAACGAUGUACAAACAAUGUAUAAAAAACACAGGAAUCACAAAACUUCCAGAACCUAUAC